GCGAGCCGAGCCAGUGGCGGGCCGGAGGCGGGGCCGAGCGACAAGCCCACAAUUAAAGAUGAACUUUGAGUGAACUAAUUUAUCUGAGGGAGGAGAAGGUAACGGCAGCCUAUAAAAGCGCCGGGCGAGCAGCCCGGGAGUCACCGUGGCCGACGGAAGCCUUUCAGCCGAACCGCACCGCGAACUCUCCUGUCCUCAAAACAACAACAACAACCCAAACAACAAACAGCCGAGCUGCAACAUGGCCCUGAACACGCUGCUGGCCACCUUCCUGUGCACCAUCGUGCUGCCCGUGCUGCUGUUCCUGGUGGCGCUGAAGCUGUGGGAGGUGUACAUGGUCCGAGGCAGAGACCCGAGCUGCCCCAAGCCGCUGCCCCCCGGCUCCAUGGGCUUACCCUUCAUUGGAGAGACGCUGCAGCUCAUCCUCCAGAGGAGGAAGUUCCUGCGCAUGAAGCGGCAGAAGUACGGUUACAUCUACCGCACGCACCUCUUCGGCAACCCCACGGUGCGCGUCACCGGAGCGGAUAACGUCCGGCAGAUUCUGCUCGGGGAGCACCGGCUCGUGUCCGUGCAGUGGCCCGCGUCCGUGCGCACCAUCUUGGGCUCGGACACGCUGUCCAACGUGCACGGAGCCCAACACAAGACCAAGAAGAAGGCCAUCAUGCGAGCUUUCUCCACCGAGGCUCUGGAGCUCUACAUCCCCGUCAUCCAGGAGGAGGUGCGGGCCGCGGUGAAGGAGUGGCUUGCCAAGGACUCCUGCGUUCUGGUCUACCCAGAGAUGAAGAGGCUGAUGUUCCGCAUCUCCAUGAGGAUCCUGCUGGGCUUCGAGCCGGAGCAGAUCAAGACCGACGAGCAGCAGCUGGUGGAGGCGUUCGAGGAAAUGAUCAAGAAUCUGUUCUCUCUGCCCAUCGACGUGCCCUUCAGUGGACUGUACAGGGGUCUGAAAGCGAGGAACUUCAUCCACUCCAAGAUAGAGGAGAACAUCAAGAAGAAGGUGCAGGAGUCGGACCAGGAGUCCAAACACAGAGACGCUCUGCAGCAGCUCAUAGACAGCAGCAGGAAGAACGGGGAACCGUUCAGCAUGCAGGCCAUUAAGGAGUCCGCUACAGAGCUGUUGUUUGGGGGGCAUGAGACCACAGCCAGCACAGCCACCUCUCUGAUCAUGUUCCUGGGCCUGAACCCUGAAGUUGUGGCUAGACUGAGGCAGGAACUGAUGGACAAGCAGGGGAUGGAACUCCACAAUCUGAACAUUGAGGCCUUGGAGCAGUUGAAAUACACGGGUUGUGUCAUUAAGGAGACUCUGAGGAUCAACCCUCCUGUUCCUGGAGGCUUCAGAGUGGCCCUCAAAACCUUUGAACUCAAUGGUUACCAAAUUCCCAAAGGCUGGAACGUCAUCUACAGCAUCUGUGACACCCAUGAUGUGGCAGACAUCUUCCCCAACAAGGAAGACUUCCAGCCGGAGCGCUUCAUGACCAAACCCUUGGCCGACUCCUCCAGGUUCCAAUACAUCCCGUUCGGAGGGGGCUCCAGGAUGUGUGUUGGGAAAGAGUUUGCAAAGGUCCUGCUGAAGAUCUUCCUGGUGGAGGUGGUCACAAAGUGUCACUGGACUCUUUUAAACGGGCCCCCCACCAUGAAAACAGGACCUACUGUCUAUCCUGUGGACAAUCUGCCAACCAAGUUUACCAGCUAUGUAUAGAAAUGAAACGGAGCUGACGAGGGGCCGUGUUUCCUAAAAGCUGUCUAGAGUCAAAUUGUGAGGUUUCCCAAAAGUCUCAAAUCAUCUGUGUUUUGCCUCCAAAUCCACGGGGGAUCCACAGUCAAGUAAAGUCAAUGGGAAGUUUUGGGAAAUGUAAAACCGCUCCAAGGCUGCAUUUACACAAGUACAGAAAGUAUGUUCAUAAUUCAGAUGUUCUGGACUUGGUCAAUGUGGAUUUUUCGACUUGUACAUAUUGUAGAUGACCUAAGAACGUAUUUUACAGUUUAUAUUAUGAUGUUAAUACAAUGGUUUUGUAUAAAUUGAUACAUAUAUGAAUGUUUGUUUGAACAAACUAAAUGAGAGGCACUAUACACAGACAUGGAACACUUUAAUCAGCUCAAAGGUGUAUCUAUAGGAUUAUGUACAUAUGUAAUGUAGAGUCUGUUUAUAUAACUUUUGUAUCUUACCCCAACUUAUUUAAGUGACUUAUGUUAUAUUGUAUGGGCUUUUUAUUUAAUAAAACUGUUAUGUGGAG